AUGUCUGGGAUUCGAGUGGAUCCUCUGUCAAGGUCUCUAUCGCCUGAUUUAUUUUUACUUAAGCAUCGGAAGCCGCCCUUGUCUGUUGGAUACCGUGAAUGUCGAGCCAAGCUGGGCAUAUUCAAAUGUAUACCGUCGAGUGAGUUCCUAAGGAGGCUGUUUGAACGGUUUAGUGAGGAAGCAAUGAAGGCCGUAAUGCUGUCGGAAGAGGAAACCGACAGGCAAUGCCACAUUGCUGUCGGGAGUGAUAAAAUACUAGCUGGCCUAGUACUAGUUGGCCCCGAAGCAGCCAUUGCCGCAAAGGUUCUUGACUCCAUGGGAAUCACCCCAGAAGCUGUGUGUGUGGAAGCUGACAGAAUAGUCGAUAGACCCAGUAAGAUCUGGGCGGGUCUGAAGCCUAAAAGGAAGACUGGAAACACGCCAAUGGAUAUCCGAUUUACCGACACUGCUUUGCACACGCUCAAGUUGUCAUACCAAGAAGCUCGGAAACUUGGUCAUAACUAUAUUGGAUCAGGACAUCUUCUGCUUGGUAUUGUUAGUCAUGAAGAAAGUUUAGCUGCUCAGGUCCUGGCCAAUUUGGGUGCAAAGGCUAGUACCAUUCGGGAAGAGGUUACACGCCUCAUGGCUGGGGAAAAUAACAAGGAGACAAUAUUGGAGCUCAAGAGUUAUCAACCAAGUGUUGAAGAUGUCGCAAAGGUUGAUGAGGCAAUAAGAGAGCUUGAAAAGAAACUCAGCCAGGUGAAGGAAGAGACGACAGAAGAUUUCGAUGACGAGACUCCUCCAAGGAGGUUUGUGACUGCAAAUGGUCUGGACAAAGGACUCAGUGAGAUAGUCUUAAAGAAUGGAUGGGGAGGACGUUGGACUUUAGUGCUGAAACACUACGAAUCAUACAGAUAUACUUACAUCAAACGAGGCUGGACCAGUUUCUGCCAAGUAAACGGGAUCAAAGCUGGAGAUUCCUUAAUGUUUCAACUGGUCAAAACAGGGGAAAAGCCUGUUCUCUCUCUGUGUCCUUCCAACGGUGAAAAGACGCCAUUAGAGUGUCCAGAAGGUAGUGAUGAUGUAAGUCCACUCUCCUCAAAUACCAGCAGUGGAGAUGAUAGUAGAGAAUCCCAAGAAAGUGAAGAGGAGAGUCUUGGAGACAAGAGCGUCUCAGAGGAGGUGGAGAAAAAGAAGAAAUUCUCAAGAUGCGGAGCUUCAUCUUCAUAUAGUCAAGAACAUAGACCAGAAUCAGUUCCAAAAUUAUCAUUACAACAUUCUUAUUUGUGGGAACUGUCUCUUCUUCUGGCCUAA